UCUACAAAAGAAGACGACUACGUAGAGAGAAAUUACUCAGAGAUUAAGGCGCUUUGAUAAGUACUCAUUACCUAAUUCGUCAAGGGACUGCAAUUCUCAUGAAGCAUUCAAUUCUUUCAGAUCCUUCUCAACACAUUUCGCUGAAAAAUGUAUUUAAACCCUCGACACCACCAGCACACGAAGCGGAAAGUGUUCAAGACACAGAUGAAGCCAGUGUUGCUCCUGGUGCUCCUGACCUCCCUCGCAGGCCAGGUCACCUGUAAAAAAGUCACACAGGUGACUGACCUGACAGCUGGAACUUCCACCAUCGUCCACCGGAACACAAGACGACGACGAUGGGACCACGGAGGGCAAAACUUCACUAAAGGAUGAAGGAUCAACUUCCAAUCCCUCCAUCCUGAGCAACAGCGAUGCCAACAAGUGUCUACAGACAGGCAACGUGUAUUUCCACCAGCGAGUUCCUCAUGAAGGAGACCAGGUCGAAUGCAAUCAACGGCAAGUGAUACGCUUGAACGGCUCCGACAUUCUCGUUCCGCCACAACAGCGACAGAAGCGCCACGCGACAAACCUCGGCAAGUCUCGCAGGAAGCGAGUUGUGGACACUAGCGCCACCCUGUGGACAAACGCCAUCAUUCCAUUCAUUUGGGACCCACCUUGACACCCACUGGCAAAGACAGCACCAUCGGGGCUAUGGACCUCAUCUCAAGAUACACCUGCAUCCGCUUCGUUGAGCGCACGUCCACCACAGCCACGGACUACAACCUGAAACAUAAUGGAGCCCUGCUUCUACUACCCGGCGGAAACUGUGCCUCGUACGUCGGUCGAAUAGGAGGCAACCAAACCAUUUACUGCUGUGAGGAUGAACUGUGCGUUCACGAGCUUGGUCACGCGAUGGGACAGCUGCACGAGCAGACGAGUUCUCUCAGGUACGGUCAUCUCAGGAUCAACUGGCCUUCGGUCCCCUCGGACCUACAGAAGGAGUAUAUAUCAAGAGCGAGAACAACUCUAGUUGGAUUCUAUGACACAUCAACCUACAUGCAUUAUCCAGACUGGUGGGGGCCGAUGACACUGGAUGCACCAACCAUCGAGUUUCUGGACCACAAACCUUUCUACAUGAUGAAGAGAUCUCACAGCUGUACCAGUGUGCAGCUAGGAACUGCACUUCGCCUCCUGAUUGCGACUUUGAAGGUUAUGCCAAGCCCGUGCCUGGGUCAUGGAAUGGAACUUGUGUCUGUCAGUGUCAUGAUGGUCUGGACCCAGAGACCAGAUGCACGACCGUUGCCCCUAAAGUGGUGUGUCGGACUAUCCGGGAGGUAGCUGGGCCAUGCUGGCUCCUGAUGAAGGAUGCCCCGUGAAUGCCAACCUCGACACGGGGUCUGUCACAUCGUAUGUCCUAAACACUUCCUACACUGGGACCUCUCACUGCAAGGUGCAGUGAAUGGAAGCCUGGUAGACCUUCAUUU